AGUUUUGGUCUUCCUGGGUGUGACGGGUGUCUGGAGGAGGAGAGGAUUGCUCUCUUACAACUUAGGGAUUCUUUCAAUUACCCAAAUGGCUCUGCUCUUGUUAACAACUGGGUGGAAGAUGACUGUUGUAAUUGGGCAUGCAUAUCUGUCAUGCGGCUUGUUUCAUUCCACAUACUGUGUAGUUUCUAUUAGUCUCUUUGGCAAAAGAGAUGUUCAAGGAGUGGGGAAUAAAUGGUACCCAAAUGCUUCUUUAUUUACUCAUUUCGAAGAGUUACAAUCCCUAUAUUUAGUUGGUAACAAUAUUGGAGGUUGGAUUAUGCUAGAAGUAUUAUGUGAACUACGGAAUCUCGAAGCGUUGUAUCUAGGUGGGAAUAGUCUGGAUGAUGGAGGCCUUCCAAGGUGCCUUGCACGUUGUGGCCUUCCAUCUUUGAGAGUGAUUUAUUUACAACACAAUUCAUUCAACCUGUCAGCUCCUCUUUUAUCAGCAUUAUGUGGAUUAAGGAAUCUCCGUGUGUUAGAUCUAAGCCAUAAUGUUCUUAGUAAUGGAAGUCUACCGCCUUGCAUGUUGGAUACAUUCUCUUCGUUGGAAAGUCUCUCCUUAUGGAACUUUACUUUUGAACAAUCGCCUAAUUUGCUAACAGCAUUAUGUGGAGCAACAAGGAAUCUUAGGAAAUUGGAUUUAAGUGAUAGCAAUCUCAAUGUGGAACGUAUACCACCUUGUCCACAACAAAAUCUUUCUUCUUUGGCAAAUCUUAAUCUACGAGGCACUUUUACCAAAAAUUACUCAACUGCUCUCUUGAAAGGAUUAAUAUGUGGGUGGAAGAAACUCAAAGUGUUGGAUCUACGUCGGAAUGGUCUCAGUGAUGAAAGCUUACCAUCUUGCCUAUUCCAUAACAACUCUAUGCUCGAAGAACUUUAUCUAUCAUCGAAUAAUUUAAAAGGUUCGCUUGGCUUCUCAAUAGGUACCACCAAUGCAGUAAUUUAG